AUGACAGAAAAGCAGGACACUGAAGCGGCUUUCCCUGGCCCCAACUCCGAUCAGGGGACGAAGGACAUUUCUCCCGAAGAAGGCCUGCGCGGUUGGCUUUGUGUUGUAGGAGGGUUCUUUGCGCUCUUUGCCAGUUUUGGUUUUCUUAAUGUCAUCGGUCUUUUUCAAAGCACGUAUCAAGCGACUACCCUGCGAGAUUAUAGCCCUUCGACUAUUUCAUGGAUCUUCGCCAUGCAACUGGCAUUGAUGUGGGGACCCGGUCCUUUCUUUGGCCGCCUUGUCGAUAAUUUUGGCCCAGGAGUGGUCCUGUACCCCUGCAGUACACUCUGUGUGUUUGCGUUAUGCAUGACUAGUCUGGCAACAGAAUAUUAUCAGAUCUUCCUGGCGCAGGGCCUGGCGUUUGGUAUUGGAGCGGGCGGUGUCUUUACCACAGCGUUGGUAUGCGUGGGGCAAUGGUUCAUUCGACGGCGAGGGCUAGCAAUUGGCAUAGUCACGGGGGUCAUCUUUCCGGUCUUCUUCAUCAAGAUAAGGGCUCAUGUCGGCUUCUACGGGGCUGUCCGAUAUACAGCUCUCUUUGUCGGCAUUCUACUCAUUUCGUCUUGCCUUCUCAUUCGAAGUCGUCUUCCUCGAAAAGCAUGGGACCCUAAGUUGACAUGGUUCAAUUUCGGCCUUCUCAAGGAUAAACAGUUUGCUUUGUACAUGGCCGGGUCUUGGUUGGUCAUGUGGGGCCUCUGGGCUCCUUUCGACUUCCUGCCCAGUAUGGCCCAGAGUAUCGGAUUUUCACCUGAUAUGGCAAUCUAUCUUAUCUCAUGCAUCAAUGCUUCCUCUAUUCCUGGUCGUAUUCUCCCCGGCUAUCUGGGGGAUCGUUUCGGAUUAUAUAAUGCAUUCACGGCAGUUUCCUUGGGAUCAGGACUCGCGAUUCUCACCCUGUGGGCCCCAUUUAACUACCACCACUCACAUGCAGCUCUCAUUGUCUUUGCCCUAGUCUACGGCUUUAUGAGCGGCUCAUGCGUGAGUCUCCUCAUGCCAUGCGCGGCAAAGGCAGGCAAGAUUGAGACCCUGGGGCAGCGUUUUGGAACAUACCAAAUUAUCAUGUCCAGCUCUCCACUGACCGGUCUACCAAUUAUGGGCGCGAUUCUCGCCAGGCAAGACGGAGAGAGCUAUAUUGGCCUCCAGAUGUUUGGGUUUUCUGCCUUGACUUUGGGGGCAAUCCUCGUUGCUAUAUCUACGUGGAUCUUACGCCAGAGAAACGAGACUUGGAAGGUUUAG